AUGACUCUUGAUCCAGAUAAUAUCCCAUCUACUAUUACUUUGAUAUGCUCAGGAGCUACAAUUGAUAGUUCUUUGUUUGCAAAGAUGUGGAGUGAUUUGCAGUCUUAUGUCCAAAACAAAAGCAGUAUGAUAGUCAGUUUAUUUCAGUCUCUGCUGGGAUCUGCUGGGAUCUGCUUACUCUAUGAACAGCCAAACAGAUUUAAUGAGCAUUAG